UCGGAGUUUGAAGCUGCUGUUUGUCCCUCUGAUGAUGAUGAUGAUGAUGAAGAUGAGCUCAGCUGCGUCUCCUCAGAACUUCUGCUCCAACUCGACGGUGCUGAGGACUCGGACGGCGUGUCACUCGUGCAGCAUCAGCAUGUUGAUGCCGUGUCCGUCAGGAUAUAAACAGACGCCACGAUCCACCGCUCAGGACUGCAAGUACCACAUCAGGACUCCCAGUCUGAAGCUGCUCAUCAGCGGCUGCUCCUUCGAGUGUUACCGGGACGAGGAGGUGAAGACCUGCUGUCCUGGUUUCUGGGGUCCGGACUGUAACGAGUGUCCUGACAGUGCUGACAGACCCUGCAGCGACCAAGGAGUCUGCUCUGACGGACUGGGAGGGAACGGAACCUGCAGCUGUCAGGUGGGUUUUGCAGGAACUGCUUGUGAGGAUUGUGCACCUGGUCGAUACGGAACCACCUGCAGCUCAGUGUGCUCAUGUGUCCACGGUCUGUGUGACUCUGGUUUGAAAGGUGACGGUAGAUGCACCUGUUUUUCUGGAUAUAAAGGUCCAAACUGUGAUCAAGAGUUACCUGAGUGUGCCGCCCUCAGCUGUCAGCAGAACGCUCGCUGUAUGGAAGAAGCUCUGACGGGACAGCUGGUGUGUCAGUGUCUCCCUGGUUACCAGAAGUCAGGAGCUCAGUGUUUAUCAAUAAACCCGUGUGUCCAGCGGGUCUGUCAUGUCUACGCCUCCUGUGUCCAUACUGGUCCUAACCAGCACGUCUGUACCUGUAAUGAAGGAUACAGCGGGGAUGGACGAGUCUGCAUGGCCAUCGAUCCGUGCCAGAGCAAACAGGGAGGCUGCUCCGCCGAGUCGGCACGCUGCAUCUACGACGGACCAGGGAACUCUCAUUGUGAGUGUCUCCCUGGUUUUGAUCACCUGUCGAACGGCGGCUGCAGCCUGAAGGAUUCCUGCACACCUGCUUCCUGUCACAAGAACGCCAACUGCACCACGGUGGGACCAGGACAAGUCGACUGCACCUGUCUCCAGGGUUACCUUGGUAACGGUAAGGUCUGUUACGGGGACAUCAUGGAGCGUCUGAACAGUCUGAACACGAAGCCUGGAGGACAGUGGAGCGGUCAGCUGAGCAACGCCAUCACUCUGUUCGGUUCUGUUUCGUGGUCUCUGCAGAAUCUGGGUCCUUUCACAGUUUUUGUCCCGAUCAACAAAGGCUUCAGAGGAACCUCCGUGAGGACUCUGACAGCCGACUCGUCCAAAGCUAAGUACCUGUGUAAGUUACACCUGGUUGCCGGGGUGAUGCCCUUUGACACUCUGAAGAAAACCGAUGUCUUCUACACUUUGACUGGAAAAUCAGCACAGACUGACACAUCGGAGGGGGACUCUCAGACAAAGAUCCGCAUCCACGGCAGCAAGAAGAGAGGUGUGAUUGUCCAGGCCGAUUUCCUGGCGUCCAAUGGCAUGAUCCAUAUCAUCAAUAAGGUGAUGGACAGCGUGGCGCCCACCGUGGAGAGCGAUCCACAGGAGAACCUGAUGAAGAUCAUCUCUGACUACGGAAAGUUCGACAAGUACAAGUCGUUAUUAGAGAAAGCCGGCCUGGCGUCCGUCCUGGACCGACCUGGUCCAAUGACCGUCUUUGCUCCCAGCACUUCAGCCUUUGACUUGAUGCCUGAAGGUCACCUGCAGCACCUGAGCAGUGCUGAGGGUCACUACAAACUGGUGGAGCUGCUGAGGAACCACAUCGUCUCCUCCACCACGCUGGAAGUCUUUAACGCCGUGUCCAACCCCACUAUCACCACGAUGGCCAAUCAGAUCCUGAGGAUUAAAGUGACAGAAAAUGGUCAGAUUUUGGUGAACGGGGCAGCGGUGUUGGAGGCAGCAGUGGAAGCUAAAAACGGCCGUCUGUAUCUGCUGGAUGGAGUUCUGACUCCACCCUCCAUUGAACCUGUGCUGCCCCAUAGAUGUGACAUCACCGAGAACAAGAUCGUCAAGGGAGAAUGUGUGAGCUGCUCUAAAGUCAAAUUGUCUCAGUGCUCGUCAGGAGGAGUUUAUAUGGGCUCCUCCACCUACGGAUGUGUUUACAUCAUGUCCAUCAGCACACCGACUAUUCGCAUCCCGGCCACAGGUUGCUCGCCGCGCUGCAACACCACCGUCACGACUCCUGCAUGUUGUAAAGGUUUCUAUGGUCCAGACUGUAGACCGUGUCCUGGAGGAUACCAGACCCCCUGCUCCGGACACGGUCAGUGUUCGGAGGGUCUCACAGGAAAUGGAACGUGUAUCUGUGAUCUGAACUUCGGAGGCUCUCGCUGUCAGUACUGCACCUCCUCCAACAAAUAUGGACCAAACUGUGACAGAACGUGUCCCUGUAUCCAUGGACAGUGUGACAACCAUCCAAACUCAGACGGGCGGUGUAAAGUCGACUCCUGUCAGAUGGGUUUCACCGGUCCGUUCUGUGAACGCAGGACGGCGGCGUGUGGCGUUGUUCAGUUUUGCCAUGCCCAUGCAGACUGUGACUUCAGCCAGCAAACCCCCAGGUGUGUGUGUAAACCUGGUUACCAAGGAGAUGGUAUCACCUGUGUGGAGUCCGACCCCUGUGCCCCACCCCUCCGUGGCGGCUGCAACAUCAACGCUAAGUGUAUAAAGACAGGAGCAGGGACACACACCUGUCAGUGUCUGACCGGGUGGAGGGAGGACGGAGAUGACUGUCAGCCAAUCAACAACUGUGACGGAGCAGACAGAGGAGGCUGUCACCCCAACGCCACCUGCAUCUACGUGGGACCUGGACAGAGCGACUGCACCUGUAAAGCCGGAUACAAAGGAAACGGGCGAGACUGUGAAGCUGUGAAUCAGUGUGUGACCGUGAACGGAGGCUGUCACUACCUGGCCAGCUGCCGCCUGCUGUCCUCUCAGUGGACGUGUGUCUGUGAUGAAGGUUACGUUGGAAAUGGACGCUCGUGUUACGGUACAGUCGUUCAGGUGCUGAUGGAUCUGCCUGACGUGUCCGAGUUCUUCACGUGGACCACAGACUCGGGUCUGUCCUGGUCUCUGUCGGAUCAGAACGUCACCCUCCUGGUUCCGUCUUCAGCCGCUGUCGGCAAGAUGUCCUCAGAGGACAAAGCCUUCUGGACAAUGAAGGGGAACCUGCCGAGUCUCAUCAGAAACCACGUCAUCCCAGGUAACUAUCCGUUAUCCAGUCUGAGCAGAACUUCCUCUCUGACGUCCCUUCUCAAGACAACACUUCCUGUUUCAACAACCAAUGAGCUCACAGCUGUCGGAGGAGCAACCAUCAUCACAUCCAACGUAGCUGCUACCAAUGGACUGAUCCAUGUCAUUGAUAAGGUUUUGGUUCCUGACAGGAAGCGGAGUGAGGGUCUGCUGGCGACUCUCGGUCUGAGGCCAGAGUUCUCUCUGUUCACAUCGUAUCUCAUCGAUUACAACUUGACGGACGAGAUCGAACAGGCGGACGAGUUCACCGUCUUUGCUCCAACAGACGCUGCUGUUACUGAUUACCUCAACAAAAUGGCUGCCACUGCCCUGGAUGUGAAUACGACUCGUUACCAUGUGGUGGCGUCGGAGCGUCUGCUGAAGACCGACCUUCAGUCUGGAGGGUACAAACAGACGCUGCUUGGAUUCUCCUUCCAGCUCGGCAUCUUUCCCCGAGACGGAAAGCUGUUUGUGAACGAGGCUCAGAUAAACUCCUCCAACAUCCUGAGUGGUAAAGGAGUGAUCCACGGCCUGUCGGCUGUCCUGAACAUCAACAGGAACCGCUGUGAUGACGCCACGUACAACAAAGUCCUGGGAACUUGUGUCGACUGUUUGUUCCCGCAGGGUAAAAUCUGUCCCAACGACACCGUCCCAGACAAAUCAGUGAGGAGGAGGAAGUGUAUGUUCACUCGGAUGUUUGAAGAGGAGCGGCUGCUGUCCAUCGGUUGCAGAGCCACCUGCCUCCAGAAGAACAUCGUGCGGAGGUGCUGCAGAGGGUUUUUCGGGGAGCACUGUGAGCCGUGUCCAGGGCCAAAGGGUCAGCCCUGCUUCGGUAACGGAGCGUGCUCAGACGGGACGAAUGGGACUGGAGUGUGUCAGUGUGAUAGAGGUUUCACUGGGACCGCCUGUGAGACCUGCCAGAGCGGCAAAUAUGGAGUGCACUGUGAUCAGGACUGCGGCUGUAAAAAUGGCCGCUGUAACGAAGGGCUGAAAGGUGACGGGACGUGUGAGUGUGAUGUUGGCUGGAGAGGAGUCCUCUGUGACGAAAAGAUCGAAUCUAAAGCUGAUGAACUGUGUGGAUCAGUCAAAUGUCACACCAGCGCAAAUUGUGUGAUCAGACCGUCCAGUCCUCAGUGUCUCUGCGCCGCUGGAUUUGAAGGAAACGGGACAUUUUGUCAAGCCACAGAUCCAUGUGCGGUGGAUAACGGCGGCUGCAGUCUGUAUGCCGUCUGUAAGAGGACUCGACCCGGGCGGAGAGACUGUGUCUGUAACCGUGGUUACUCCGGAGACGGACUUGUGUGUGUUGAAAUAAAUCCCUGUCUGGAAGGAAAUGGAGGUUGUCACACCAACGCAGAAUGUGUUCACGUCGGACCAAACAAAACUUCCUGUGCGUGCAGUGAAGGUUACUCAGGUGAUGGACGAACCUGUAAGAUGAUCAACUUGUGUCGAAAGAAAAACGGCGGCUGUCAUCAGUACGCCUUCUGUAACAUGACGGGUCCAAGUGUUCGUACCUGUGCCUGUAACAGAGACUUCAUUGGAGACGGCGUCACCUGUAAAGGCACCGUGGCAAAGGAGCUCCUGGGGAGGAAGCUGAGAGACUUUUACCACGGUCUGAUGAUAGCGGAGAUUUCUCUGAGAGGUCGUGGCCCAUUCACUGUAUUCCCACCGAAUGCUGAAGCCUUCGCCACAGACAGAAGGAGAAGCAGCACAUUGCGAUCGACGAUGAUGGAAAAGGGCAAAGAACAGUUCGGCGCCGUCUUGCGCAGCCAUAUUGUCAUGUGUCACACACUGCUACCUGCCGAUCUGAGCCGACCCAGAAACCUGACAUCUCUGUCUGGGUUCGUCCUGACCACCAGGUCCAUCCAGGGCAGCAUCUUCAUCAACGAUGCUAAUGUGACAUACAGCGAUGACAUCAGCGUUAACGGGAUCUUCCAUGAGAUCGACAAGGUUCUGUUUGCUCCAGACCUGGACAACAAAAGACCACCAGCUGCUCCUAUGAACCUGACGGAUGUGGCAGAAAGUCACGGUUAUCAAACCUUCUACAAACUGCUGGAGGAGACAGGUGUGAUGGACCUGGUGAAUGAUGGGAUGUACCAGCCAGUGACCGUCUUCCUGCCCUCAGAUGGAGUCAUGGCGUCUCUUCCACUAGAACAGAGGGACUUCCUGCUCCAUCCAGGCAACCGUCCACAACUGGUGGAGUACCUGAAGUACCACAUCCUGCAGGCCCAGAAGAUCUACGCUGAAGGUUUGAUCCAUCUGGACUCAGUGCGGACUCUGCAGGGCUCGCCGCUCUCAUUCACAUGUGGAGGGACAGACAACAUCGGAGAAAUCUUUAUUAACGACGGCAAGUGUCGGAUCAUUCAGAGACACCUCGUCUUUAAAGGUGGGAUCGCUUACGGGAUCGACUGUCUGCUGACUCCGCCCAGCCUCGGAGGACGCUGUGACCUACAGACGACCUUUGACCUUCAGAUGAGCUGCGGACUGUGCACCACCUCGACCACUCGCUGUCCCAAAGGGUCCAAACAGAAGGAGGUUCAGAAGUGCGACCUUCCCUCCGUGUUCGUCACUAAGAACACCGGCUGUCGCAGCGUCUGCACUGUCAACUUCUGGCAGCCGAAGUGUUGUCCUGGUUACCACGGACGAGACUGUCUGGUCUGUCCCGGUGGAGUCGGCUCGCCCUGCAGUAACCACGGGAAAUGUGACGACGGUCACCUUGGCAACGGUACAUGCACCUGUGAUGCAGGUUUCGGGGGUGUGGCCUGUGAGCUGUGCGGUUUCGGAUUCUAUGGAGCAUCCUGUAAAGCCUGUAACUGUUCAGAACACGGGUCAUGUGACGACGGACGUAAAGGUACAGGUUCGUGUUUCUGUGAGGCGGGCUGGACCGGAGAGCGCUGUGAGAUGCCACAGGGUGAAGUCUUCGAGUGUUCUCCACCCUGUUCUCCAAAAGCCGUCUGUCAGGAGAACAACACUUGUGUUUGUCAGCGAUUCUACGAAGGAGACGGACUCACCUGUACAGUGAUGGACGUGUGUUCCACCUGGAAUGGUGGUUGUGCUAAAGGAGCCAAAUGUUCUCAGACGGGAGAGAAGGUGACCUGCACCUGUCCUAAAGGUUAUUCCGGAGAUGGCUUCACCUGUCAGCCCAUCGACCCGUGUGUCUCCGGGGUCAACGGCAGCUGCCACGAACACGCCACCUGCACCAUGACGGCUCCGGGGAAGAAGAAGUGCACCUGUAAGGACAACUACAUCGGAGACGGACUCACCUGUGAGGUCAAACAGCUGCCAAUCAGCCGCUGUCUCCAGGACAACGGACGAUGUCAUCAAGACGCCAAAUGUACCGACCUCCACUUUGAAGACGCGAAGCUGGGCGUGUUUCAUGUUCGUUCAGAUAAAGGUCAGUACAAGAUGAACUUCAGUGCAGCUCAACAGGCCUGUGACACAGAGGGCGCCAGCCUGGCUACGUAUAAUCAGCUGUCCUACGCUCAGCAGGGCGGGCUGAACAUGUGCUCCGCCGGCUGGUUGGACCAGGCCCGGGUGGCGUACCCCACCACGUACUCCAACCCCAACUGUGGCUUUGGACACAUCGGCAUCGUGGACUACGGCGUCCGCAAGACGAGCGAGAAAUGGGAUGCCUUCUGCUACCGGAUGAAAGAGGUGAAGUGUGAGUGUAAACCCGGUUACGUUGGAGACGGUUUCAGCUGUACAGGAAACCUGCUGCAGGUCCUCAGAUCCACACCGACCUUCUCCAACUUCCUCACACAAAUCCUGAACUGCUCCCAGGUGUCUGAUUCAGGGAAACACUUUCUGAAGCGUCUCAGUAACCUGACGGUCCAGUCAACACUGUUCGUCCCCGACAACACCGGACUGCCUGAAAACCAGACUCUGUCUCUGAGGGACGUUGAGUUCCACCUGUCGGAGGGUCAGGCGCUUCCUCUCAGCCAGCUGAAGAACGGCAGUCGCAUCAGGACUCGUGUCGGCAGUCUGACUGUCCUCGGAGUCGCUGACCUGCUCAACCCGUCGGCUCUGUCGUCCUGUUAUAUCAGCGGCCGCUUCGUCACCAACUCCGACAUCCUGGCUUCAAACGGCAUCAUUCAUGUUCUCCAGGGACCACUGAAAGCCCCGCCCCCUCGCCAAGAGAUGCACGUGGCUCACAAGGCGGGGCUGGGGGUUGGAGUGGUGCUGCUGAUUGUUGUGGUGGCAGCAGUCAUCUUUGUAGGAUACCAUUUCUACACCCACAGCACCAAACCAUUUCAGUUCCACUACUUCAAGGAGGAUGAAGAGGAGGAAGAAGCUCCGCCUGCAGACAACAGCCACAGCAUCACUAACCCGGUUUAUGAAGCGACUCCAGAACCUGUUGGGUCCAACACGUCUGAUGUCACAGCGGAGGACAAACAUGAAGUGGUGAACAGUGGAUCGUACGACCUGCUGUCAGAGAGCUGAGUGGGAAACUGUUGGGGAUCAGGUCCUCACACCUGUCGUAUACCUCUGUGAUCUCAAAGUCCUCCAACCGGCUUCAAACUGUUUCAUCUCAGACUGUCGCACCAGGUUUUAUUUUCUCCUCUGAUAACAGACAGCAGCUGUUCAGUCCCAGACUCUCAAGGUUUGUCUCUCUGAGCACUGAACUGAAUCAUGAUGUGUUCAGGUUCUCAGAGUCAGAGUCAGACUGUGAGGUUUUUAUUCCAGAACAUGAAAGGAGUCAUUCUACUGAAAAUAAAUGUGUUUUUAGAUUAUCUGCAGACAUGAAAAGUUACGUGAAGAAUCUCAACUGUGAAGUUAAAACUUGAUUAAAAGAGUGUUAAAGGUU